AUGGCUACCAGUGUGAAAUUGAUAAUAUUACAAUAUUUUAUGGUUGUUUACAUGUUUUACAACCCCACGGAUAGCGGAGCAGUUCAACUAAAUAGUGAAAACAUCGACAUGACCCUCGCUUCUAAUGAAUUAGUGGUAAUCAACUUUUACGCCGAUUGGUGUCGAUUCAGCAACAUCCUGCAACCAAUCUUUGAUGAAGCUGCUGAAAAAGCUCAGGCAGCAUUUCCGGAAGCUGGCAAGGUGGUAAUGGGCAAAGUAGACUGCGAUCGAGAGUCCGCCGUUGCGUCGCGGUUCCACAUUACCAAAUACCCCACGCUCAAGGUUUUACGCAAUGGACAGCCAACGAAGCGCGAGUAUCGAGGCGCACGUACUGUCGAGGCGUUCACCGAGUUCAUCAAGAAGCAGCUAGAGGACCCGAUCCGAGAGUUUCAGAACAUUAAAGAUUUAGAGCAGCUCGACUCGAAGAAGCGCAUUGUCGUCGGUUACUUUGAUCGUCGCGAUAUGCCCGAGUACAACACGUUCCGGCGUGUUGCAACGAACCUAAAGGAGGACUGCCAGUUCCACGUCGGGUUUGGAGACGUAGUGCAGGCACUACAUCCUCCAGGCCAUCCCAUCAUUGUGUUCCGUCCGGACGUCGCCAUGUCGAAUGAGAACGAUGAAACGUACACGGGUAAUCUGAACAGCUUCGACGAGCUUAAUAUCUGGGUGCAGGAAAAAUGUGUUCCUUUGGUGCGCGAAAUUACGUUCGAGAAUGCGGAGGAACUGACCGAGGAGGGUCUGCCGUUUUUGAUUCUCUUUUACGCUCCUGGUGAUCUCGAAUCGAUCAAGGAUUAUAAAGCAAUUGUACAGUUGGAUCUCAUCUCGGAAAAGCAAAACGUUAACUUUUUAACGGCCGAUGGUAAGCGGUUUGCGCAUCCGCUGCACCAUCUCGGCAAAUCGCAAUCGGACCUUCCGCUGAUUGCGAUAGACUCGUUCCGCCAUAUGUACUUGUUUCCAAAUUUCAAAGAUAUUUACGUGCCGGGCAAGUUGAAGCAGUUUCUGAACGAUCUCUACAGCGGCAAGCUUCAUCGUGAGUUCCAUUACGGUCCAGAAAAGGCAGCAAUCGCCGACGCAAAUACAGACAGUGACAACAAGAAGCCUACUACGCCACCAGAAUCGACCUUUAAAAAGCUAGGUCCUUCCAAGAAUCGCUACACUUUGUUGCGGGACGAGCUGUAAAAGGAGGAAAAAUGGUAAACGCAACCAUACACUGAAAACAGCCGCAAUGUUGCGAUAGAUCUGUGGAAAUAAGGGUUUGGUGACAGUUCAAGAGUACCGGCUCUUAGUGAGCUUUGGUCGCAAGAGUAUUCUGAUGUUCGAUAAGAAUUGAAUCGAAAGGAAAUGUAGCUACAGCUGGGUGUGUGUAUGUGUGUGUGCGCGCGUGUGUUGGAAUGUGAGACGCAGUCAACAAUGACUCACUUCCACAGUAAGACCAAUUGAAAGACGAUUAUUAAUUGCACUGUCCAUAUUUCGCGUAAAAAUCGUAGAGGGAUGAAUAAACCAGUCACUAUCGUUGAGAAGCGAAAUUUGCAUUUUCGUCAGUAACAAAAGCAAAAAUUAAGAGAAACGAAGAUAUCAGGGACAGAACAUUUGUUUGAUUGCAUUACUUUUUUCAACAUUACCUCUUUUCUCUACCCGAGCAGAUAGAAAUAGUUGUUGUAGUUGGUAUAGAAUGCUUACCAGCUACAUUUUUAAAAAAAUAAUAGUCAAUCGUACCCAAUAAGAAACGUUCAUUCGCGAAAGGAUAAUUUUAUGUUCUUUUUUGUGCUGUGAGCAAAGAUGCUGCAAUGUAAUGAAACUAGAUGGGAAGCUAGAGCGAAAUAAAUGGAGCAACUAUAGCAAAAUUACUAAUGAAAAAAAAUAACGCUUCGAUUCAAAGGGCAAAGAAGCAGCUACUUUUUUUUUAUUUUUCCAGUAUUUGGACUUUUUCAUGCUCGCUAACAACGUUUAUCUCAGAGGUUCACUUGUGCUUGGCAUUCACCUUGAUAUACAAAAACGUCUCGUUUUGAAUAUUAUAUUGCUCAAGCAGCCAGCUCAAUAUUGGUUCUUUUUGAUCAAAAAUUGUUGCAGACUAUUUGUUUAGAAUGUUCCUCACAGCCGUAUAUUAGAGGAAUCGUCAACCAUAAAAAACUAUAGCUUAUUCUGGUUUUUCUUUCAUAUGAAUUGCUCUUAAUCAUACUAGGCGAAAUGCACGAGACAGUGAAAAAAAAAUAAUGUUCCUUACAUUUUUACAAUAGUUUUAUUCGCUUUUACGAAACAACAAAUGCCAACUGUCUUCGGGAGUGCUGCUUCCAGUUUACAUACGGUUUAAAUAAAUGCGAAAUCAGGAUUGCCAAUAGUAUAAUUGGCAAUGCUAAAAUUCUAUCGCAACAAUAAGAUUUGAUGAAGGAAUACAAUAAAUUUAAACCACUCUGACUUAAAGCGUUAUGGUUCAUAACAAAACGAAUAAACCAAAUAAAUCAGCCCAUUAAUUGCAUUUCAUUCUUCAUCUUACAAUCAACGGCAGUAUUAGCUUAACCAGCAACAAAAAUCCCAACGGA